AUGGCUUCAGGCAGGGGGUUCGCGCUUUGCGCGCUUCUCUUCAGGAUGGCUUGGGGCUUGAAGCUCAAUGAAGUGUUCAAUGAAGUGCAGUCCGAUCUGCAGGAGGGCCUUGCUUUGCAGGCUAGUCUUGAGAAGUAUGCAGCCACGUUACCAGAGGGUGCUACAAAAGAGCUCCUGCGAAGCUUCAAAAUCUGCGGAUCUUGCGCAAACUUCCGCCGCUUUGGCGAGCCACACGAUGGUGGCUAUCUCAUGUGCAUGGACCACAUGGAUGGCGUGACGGCUGCGUACUCCGUGGGCGUAGAACAGCAUGACAAAUGGUCAGGUGAUGUAACCGGAACAUGGAAGGUGCCCCUCUAUCAGAUGGAUUGCACCGUGAGCCAGCCAGCUGAGAUGUGCCCAGGCUGCAAGUUCUUCCGCAGCUGCCUGACGGGUUCGACACCAGGUGGCCCACAGCCAGCUUGGACCUUGUCCGAGACAUUGCAACAAACAGGGCAGGGAGCAGCAGCCGAGAGAAGUCUCUUUGGCAAGAUCGACAUUGAGGGCUCUGAAUGGGCUGCAUUGGCAGAUGCCGAUGUCACUACCCUCAAGAAGUUCAGACAGUUGGCUGUGGAAUUUCACUGGCUGCAAGAAGUUCACAAGCACCCCGACUACUUGAGAGCGAUGCAAAAGCUGCAGCUUGCAGGUUUCCGGGUUGUGCAUCUGCACGGCAAUAACUUCGCAUCAAUGUUCGACACGACGGACUACAAGAUUCCUCAGGUGGUGGAGGUGACUUUCGAUUCAGAGGCAACCCCGAUGGCAACUUGCCUCCAGGAUCAGCAGUUGCGGCCUCUUGACAUGCCCAACAACGCCAACAAUGCCGAGCUUCCGCCAGCCCACCUCCCAAGCCUUUGA